AUGGACACUUCCUGGUACGGCUACGUGAUCGUCGUGUGUUCUUUUAUCAUCUACUUCAUCGUCUUCGGAACCGAGCACACAUUCGGUGUCUAUCAGGAGUUCUAUUCUUCUCCUUCAGCUGAGCCAUUCCUGCGCAACACCUCUCCACAGGACAUUGCCAUGAUCGGAACCUUGGCUACAACAUUCACGUAUCUGCUUGGAGCAUUCAGUGGCCGAUUCGCUGACCGCGCCGGAUACAGGAUUUCUGCAGUCUUGGGAGCCGUCAUCAUGGGAGCCGGACUGAUCGGUGCCAGUUUUGCAAAUAGUCUGCCGGGAUUGUACGUCAGUCAGGGUGUUGUGCUGGGAGUGGGCUCGAGUCUUGUGUACUUGCCUGCAGUGUCGUGCCCCGCCCAUUGGUUCGAGAGAUACCGUUCGAUUGCUAUCGGAAUCGUGGUCUGUGGAUCCGGCCUCGGAGGAUUGGUGCUGGGUCCAGUUACGGAGCAUUUGAUCGCCCACGUUGGUGUUCAGUGGACACUCAGGAUCCAGGGACUCUUGUGCCUGAUCGGCAUCGGUGGAUCGGGUAUGAUGCUCAAGACCAGGGUCAAGAAGGUUCCCGGGCAGUCCAAGAGGAUGCCCAUGGAUUUCACUAUUUGCAAAGAGACGCCAUUCGUCACGUUGACGGUUGCCAACUUUUUGACCUCGCUCGGAUACAUGAUUCCCUUUUUUUUCAUCUCUGUAUUUGCGGUCGACCAUGGUCAAACAGCCUCGACUGGCGCCAUUUUGAUCGGUAUUCUCAACGGUGCGUCUCUUUUGGGCCGUCUUUCGCUCGGCUUUAUCACCGAUCGCGUCGGUCGCAUCAACAUGCUCUUCAUCUGUGCUCUUAUCAGCGGCCUGAGUAUUCUCUGCAUCUGGUCUGUCGCAUCCACAAUCAAGAUCCUGCUGGUGUUCGUCAUUAUCUACGGCUUUACCUGCGGAGGUUACUUUAGUGUCAUUCCCUCGGUCAUUGCUGACAUUUACGGCCUCGAUCGCUUGACAACGGUUACUGGCCUGCUGUACGGCAGCAUUGGUUUUGGCUACUUGAUUGGAAGCCCCGUUUCAGGUGUGCUGCUUGACAUCACCAAGCCUAAUACGAGCUACAUUUACGUAGUCAUCUUCUCGGGCACUACCAUGACUUUGUCCAGUUUCGCGGUAUUUUACCUAAAAUACUGGCGCUCUAAUGGCCGCUGGUGGAUUCACGGUUAA